AUGCAAGAAACAAUGCCCGAAAGCAGAUCAUCUAGAAGUGAAGUUAGACUUAACCCCUUUUCUAUUGGUAGCCCUCACCCUUAUUCGCAUUCUCGGACAAGGUCGAGGUCACAUUCUAGGUCUUCUAGUAGGAAUAGACCUUCUCUGACGGGUCCUCGGCCUUCUCAGAGAUUGAUUCGCACCAUCAGUGUAGAUUCUGAUGUUUCUAUAGGAGAAGACGAGUUUACAUUAAAGACCGGAGAGUCUCAUGUCCCACCGGAGGUGCCAGAGGAAGAUUCUAAGGAAAUUGCUGAUCAAUUGGAAGGUCUUAAACUAAGUGAGAGGAGCUCAUUCCGUGAGAGUGAAAAUGUAGAAGUUCCAUAUGUGCCCACCGUACUAGAUAAUUCACUUCCAAUGGAUUAUUUACAAGAUGACGUUCUAAAUACGAUUCAAAAUUUAAGGAUUCCUAAAUGGUACGUUAGAGGAUCAAUGGGGGUUUCACCACUGGACAGAAAUAAGAUCAAGAUGACCAAGAUCACAGGCGCGAUGACCAAUGUGAUAUAUAAGGUCGAAUACCCUGGGUUACCAUCGCUCUUAUUGCGAGUAUACGGACCUAACAUAGACACCAUUAUAGAUAGGGAAUAUGAGCUACAAGUGUUGGCAAGAUUAUCAAGACGAAAUAUCGGACCUUCAUUAUAUGGAUGUUUCCAGAACGGUAGAUUUGAACAGUUUUUGGAAAAUGCAACCACACUAGGCAAAGACGAUAUUAGAAAUUGGAAAACUUCGCAAAGAAUUGCACGUAGAAUGAAAGAAUUACACACGGGUGUACCGCUGAUGAAAUCUGAAAGAGAACAGGGACCAGUCUGUUGGAUUAAAAUUGAGAAAUGGUUAGAAAACAUAGAGCAAAGAGGAGAACAAUGGGUCAACGACGUUUCUAACGUACAGAAAUGGUUGAUGUGUCGUGAUUGGCCCACUUUCAAAAAAGCAGUUCUGCGGUAUAGGGAUUGGCUAUAUUCCAGAGGGUUGCCAUACGUGAGACAGGGCCUUGUUUUCUGUCACAACGAUACUCAAUAUGGUAACCUGUUGCUUUCAUCACCUGUGAUUCCAUUAGACAAUGUGGAUCCUGUGAUUUCAAAUCCCAAAAGUGCGUCAUCGUCAUCAACAGUUUCUUCACUUUUCCCUCAAAGUUCAAACGUUUCCCUAGAACAAAUACUCAAUCCACCGAUCCAAGAACAGUCUCAAGAUUCCAAAUUGGUAGUCAUUGAUUUCGAAUAUGCCGGUGCCAAUCCUGCCGCUUAUGAUUUAGCUAAUCAUUUUAGUGAGUGGAUGUACGAUUACAAUUCUGCAGAACCAUAUAAAUGCUUUGCGUCCCAGUUUCCCACUAGAGAACAAAUGUUAAAUUUUCUUUACUGUUAUGUGUCUCAUUUGAGAAAUAAGAAUGCCGUCCCCAUCGAUGAUGAAGUCAGGUAUUAUUACAACGCUAUCAUUAAAUGGAGAGCUACAGCUCAAUUGUUCUGGUCACUUUGGGGGGUUUUGCAAAGUGGUAAAUUGGAUGCACCAUCUGCACAGCUCAACGAUGAAAAAGAAAGACCAAGUGGGGGUAAGUAUAUUUUUACUGAGAUGGAUGAACCAUCGGAUGCUCUAGAGACGCCCGAGGCAACCAGUGAAUCGAGCUCAGAGAAAGGUGUCGAUAUCGACUCCUUUGAUUAUCUGUCUUAUUCAAGACAUAAAAUUGAACUGUUUUGGGGGGAUCUUUUGCAAAUGGGAGUUGUUGAAAGGGAUGAUUGCGUUGGUAUUGAAGAACAAUUGGAAGCUACUCUAUUGUAA